AUCAAGUGUAGACUUGGUUACAUAUAAAAAGAAAUUUUUGUUUCGAGACACUUCCUAGGGUGUGUUUAAUAAUUUCCUAUUGCGUUUGAGUCUUUCUUUUUGUGACCUCCUUGAUAAAGGAAUUAAAAUGGGUCGUCGUCCAGCGAGAUGCUAUCGUUACUGCAAAAACAAGCCGUAUCCAAAAUCUCGUUUCUGUCGUGGUGUGCCAGAUCCCAAAAUUCGUAUUUUUGAUUUAGGCAGAAAGAAGGCUUCUGUAGAAGAUUUUCCUCUUUGCGUUCAUUUAGUAUCUGAUGAGUAUGAACAACUAAGUAGUGAAGCUUUAGAAGCUGGACGUAUUUGUUGCAAUAAGUAUUUAGUUAAAUACUGCGGCAAAGAUCAAUUCCACAUCAGAAUGCGCUUACAUCCUUUCCACGUUAUUCGCAUUAAUAAAAUGUUGUCCUGUGCCGGAGCAGAUAGGCUUCAAACAGGAAUGCGUGGUGCUUUCGGAAAACCUCAAGGAACAGUCGCAAGAGUUCGUAUUGGACAACCUAUAAUGUCUGUCCGCUCAAGUGACAGAUUUAAAGCUCAAGUUGUGGAGGCUCUACGUCGUGCUAAAUUCAAGUUCCCCGGUCGCCAAAAAAUUUAUGUCUCUAAAAAGUGGGGAUUCACUAAAUACGACCGUGAACGUUAUGAAGAAUUACGUAAUGAAAAUCGCUUGGAACCUGAUGGUUGUAACGUGAAAUACAGACCAGAACAUGGACCAAUGGCUGCGUGGGAAAAGGUUCAACGAGAAGUAUAUGCUUAAUCAUAGUGUAUAAUUUUGAAAACUUCCCAAAAUAAACUUGUAAAAUUUCCAUAAAUAAAAAAUGGCCAAAUAAUGAUGUCAAUUUAAACAUCCAUCUACAUA